GCGGGGCCCGCCGGGAGAGGCUCCCGCCCCGCGGGCAGGUGCGGCUCCGCCCGCGGGAACUACAUGUCCCGGGAUGCCGCGGGGCGCGGGCGGCGCGGGCGCGGCGGCCGUGGGGGCGUAGCGAAGAUGGCGGCGGGGGCGCUGCGCCCCGCUCCCGGCUGAGGCGCCGAGCGCUCCCUGCGCCUCAGUGCGGCGGCGGCGAUGUCGGAGCCGGAGCACCUGGGCGGGAAGCGGGCCGAGUCGGCGCGGCUGCGGCGGGCCGAGCAGCUGCGGCGCUGGAAGGGCUCCCUGACCGAGCAGGAGCCGGUGGCGGCGGGGGGCGGCCGGGGCCGGCACCGCGGCGCCGGGGGGUCCCGCGUCCGCUUCGAGGAAGGCGCCGUGUUCCUGGCCGCCUGCUCCAGCGGGGACACCGAGGAGGUGAAGCGACUGCUGGGCCGCGGCGCCCGCAUCAACACCACCAACGUGGACGGGCUGACAGCGCUGCACCAGGCCUGUAUAGAUGAGAACCUGGACAUGGUGAAGUUCCUGGUAGAAAACGGAGCCAACGUGAACCAGCAGGACAACGAGGGCUGGACCCCUCUGCACGCGGUGGCGUCCUGCGGCUAUCUGAACAUAGCAGAGUACCUGAUCAGUCAUGGAGCCAACGUGGCUGCUGUGAACAGCGAAGGCGAAGUCCCGUCUGACAUCGCGGAGGAGGCGGCCAUGAAGGACCUGCUGCUGGAGCAAGUGAAGAAACAAGGUGUAGACCUAGACCUGGCCAGAAAAGAAGAGGAACAGCAAAUGCUUCAGGAUGCCCGGCAGUGGCUGAACAGCGGGAGGAUUGAAGAUAUAAAGCAGCCUCGGACGGGCGCCACGGCUCUUCACGUUGCUGCGGCCAAGGGCUAUUCUGAAGUCAUGAGGCUCUUGAUCCAGGCUGGGUUUAAUCUGAACGUCCAGGACAAUGACGGCUGGACUCCGCUCCACGCUGCUGCCCACUGGGGGGUGAAGGAAGCUUGUUCCAUCCUGGCCGAGGCUCUGUGCGACAUGGACAUCAGGAACAAGCUGGGCCAGACACCGUUCGACGUGGCUGACGAGGGGCUGGUUGAGCAUUUGGAAAUGCUGCAGAAAAAACAGACUGUGUUGCGAAGUGAGAAGGAGACGAGGAAUAAGCUCAUUGAAGCUGACAUGAACGGCAAGCCCCAGAGCGGACUCUUCACCAACAAAGAGAAGAUUCUUUAUGAGGAAGACACGCUGAAGUCCGUGGAGAUGGAGGAAGAGAACAAGGACUCCAGCAGUUCUAGUUCUGAAGAGGAGGAGGAAGCUGAAGAAGAUGAAGUUUCAGAAUCAGAUGCUGAAAAGGAGUCAGAAAGGAAGGAAGAGCCCUUUGCCAACCACUCCAGCCAUGAAACCAGGCCUAGCGUCACUGAGCAAAUACCAGCACCCGAGCCCAACUCCUUCACCGCAUCUGCCAGAAGAUUCAGUUGGCUCAGCAAGUCGGACGAGCAGAAGGACGAGUCACCUUCGUCGUGGCGCCUGGGACUGCGCAAGACCGGCAGCCACAACAUGCUGAGUGAAGUCGCUGCUACUCGUGAGGCACAGAGGGAUAAGACUUCUUCUAUCUAUCGUUCUUCGUCAAGUCCUCGGAUAUCUGCAUUGUUAGACAACAAAGAAAAGGAUAAAGACAACAAGAGUUAUCUUGCCACAAUAGCCCCCAGAAGACUGAGCAGCACAAGCGAUAUAGAAGAAAAAGAAAACAGAGAAUCAGCCGUUAACCUCGUGCGGAGCGGCUCUUACACCCGGCAGCCCUGGAGGGAUGAAUCAAAGGGAAACGAAGCUCCCCAUUCUGGUGCACCUACUACCUAUGUCUCUACCUACUUGAAAAGUGCUUCCUUUGGUAGAAGUAGUGACCUCAGCAGUCCCUACAUUUCAGCCACUCGCAAUACAUCUCUAGCUACCUCACCCACGUCCAUGGGGUCAUCUACCUCCCUGGGCGCCCCGCGGCAACCUGGCCCUGCCUGUCCCGCAGCUCUCGGUGCCAGCACGGCUGCGUCAGCCCGCCAGUACACCAGAGCCCCUUUCAGGCAACAAACUGAUUCUGCCGUAGAGAAAAAUACAGAGGGCAUCUCUGCUAGCACCCCCCUAGGUGUAAUCACAAACCGCGCCAUACUCGGUUCCGCUAACGGUAUUGCCAAUGCCGGUGCUGCCGCCACUCCGGGAAAGGACUUGUCGGCUGAGGAAGCCCGGGAGCGCAGAAGGUCGUACCUGACGCCGGUGCGGGAUGAGGAGGCAGAGUCGCUGCGCAAGGCACGGUCCAGGCAGGCGCGGCAAACUCGCAGGUCUACGCAGGGUGUGACGCUGACAGACCUUCAGGAGGCCGAGCGAACCUUCAGCCGCUCUCGGGCAGAGCGGCAAGCGCAGGAGCAGCAAAGCGAGAAAGCAGAGAGCGCGGAGCCUGCCGAGGACAGCGCCGAGCGGCCCGACACCCGGGCGCGGUGGAGCAGGAACAGCGACGAGGAGACUGUUUAUCGACGAUUGAGGUGCCCAGUACAACCAGACAAACCCACGACACCCGUAUCUCCUUCGACAUCAGCACCUCUGCUCUAUACAAGUUCAUACCUGACUCGAACAAAUAAGUAUUUAGGUCUUGACUCUGUGAAUCCAGCAGACUUCAGAGCUGCAGCCACAGAGAUGGAGAAAAAUGAGUGUGAAGAUCAGGAUUUAGACGACAGAUCUUUGAACAAACAGUCGAUCCGAGAGAGGAGGCGGCCAAAGGAGAGGCGAAGAGGCACCGGCAUCAUUUUCUCAACAAAAGAUGAUGAUGAUGAAGUUGAUGGAAGUGAGGAAGUGAAGGAAACUCGGCAUGAAAGACUUUCCAGGUUGGAAGCAGCCACGAACCCCCCGAGCAGCGAGUCGUCGUACAGCGAGCGUGCAGCCAGCCGCGCCAGCGCCUACGCCCGCAGGGAGAACCGCCUGGCCGCGCUCAGCAGCCGCGCCGAGGACGAGAGCAACCGCGACUACAAGAAGUUAUAUGAAGGCGCCAUGGCCGAGAACCAAAAGCUGAAGACAAAACUGCAAGAAGCCCAGCUGGAGUUGGCCGACAUCAAAUCGAAGCUGGAAAAAGCAGCUCAGCAGAAACAGGAGAAAACUUCUGACCGGUCCAGCAUGUUGGAGAUGGAGAAAAGGGAGAAGCGAGCCCUGGAGCGGAAACUCUCAGAGAUGGAGGAGGAGAUGAAGAAUCUCCACCAGCUCAAACAGAUUCACACUCUGAGGCAGAUGAAUGAGCAACUCCUGGCUGAAAACAGGGCUCUGACCCGGGUCGUAGCCAGACUUUCUCUGCCUGCCAAACCCUCCGAAUCCGAGGAGCUGUAGCUGCUUUCCCUCCGGCUCAUCUCGCCUCCCUCUUCCACUCUUCCAGAUUUUGACAGAGCUGAAGUCGGACAACCAAAGGCUGAAGGACGAGAACGGAGCCCUCAUUCGUGUCAUCAGCAAACUCUCCAAAUAGGAAUCCUGAAGAUGAAGAGGGUGCCCCACACCAGCUGCCAGCCCACCACCGAGCCCUCCCCUCCUGCCCUCUGUACAGCAAACGUUUCAGCCCUGGGAUCAAUCGUCACGCCAGCCCUGCCCUUUGCUGUACAUUCCCCUUCCGCCCUCAUUUCCCCCACAACACACACCCCUGCCACUUUCUUAUUUUUAAUUUAAGCAUGUUGUGGUAUCUCGGACAGUUUAUUCAAGGGAGAAGAGAAAUGUGAGGACUGGGUUUGAGCUGCCAAAACUUCUUCUGGAAGCCCAGUAUUUGGUGUUGGACUCCGAUCUGGAUCAGGUGGCUCCUGCUUUAAAAAGUGACGCCUAAAGAACAAAGCCGGCACAUCCGAGCCCUUUCCAGGUGGGAGAUGUGACCGUGGGCUGAGACUCUGAGGAUGCACAUCAGCCCACCCGCGAUGUGGGACUCUGGUGACACUGUGAUGCUGUGAAAGCCGCCGGGGCCGAUUUCUGUAACAGGCUGACGGCAGCUGCUUCGCAUAGACCUUCUCCUUUUGCCCCAACAGACCGAGUCUUUUAUUUAAUAUAAAUGUCAAACCUGUUCAGUAACAUCAGCGCUGACUCUUGGCGUCAGACCCUAUGUUAGGGAACACUAAGGCAGAACGUUCCCUGCCACCCCCUGUCCCUGCCUUGCCCGGGUGAUCUGCUGUCCCCGUGUCCUCCCAGAGCUCCCGUCUCCGUUAGCAGCAUCUGCUAAUUGCUCCUUGAGGCAGGAGGGAUCACAGAGACUCACCAAGCGUUCUGAAGGACAAACCUGAACCCCUAGAGAGCCUCUGCUGCUUUCACAUUCAUGUGAGCGUGAAUCACCGUGCAGGGAGCUGUGUCCCCUCAGAAACCAACCUCCCCGUCCCCACAGCUGCUGGGGCCAUCGCCUGCUGUUCCUGCACAGCCUGCACAGGCGGCUGCUCCGGGAUUUCGGGUGCCUCGUGCUGAGUGGGGUUUGUAGAGGGGGGAGCACCGGAGUCCCAUCCCAGCCGCCCGGCUGGUGCAGCGAGUGGUGCUGGUGGGUGCUGGGCAGAGGAGCACAAAGCAGCGGUCGCAUCUCCUGGAGAGGUGUGGGUGUGCUGGUGGCAGGGGGACAGGAGCUCCCCUUGGGCCUGCUGGUAGCUGCAUCGCUAGGAUGGAAGUCUUUUCAUCUGUCAGAAGCUUGCAAUAAGCCUUGGCCUUGAAGGAAACCUCAAAAACAAGAGAAAAAAACCUCUUUAAUCUUAUGCGUACUCAGAACAGUUUGAAAUCAUUCUCUCUAUGGGCAUUUAGGCAGUGGCUCCUCUACGUGCUGUGGGAUUUUGAUGAGGGCAGCUGUGACCGUCAGAUCUGCUGAGCUUCCCCUUAACACCUUCCCUCUCGGAGGCUUUUGCUGGACCCAGAUCACUCCCAUCCGCAUCCUCCCACGUCUGUCCUUGCGGUUCCUUUGUCCGGCUCUGGCGCAGUCACGGCCUCGGUCCCUGGAUGUGGAAGGAGCCAUGAGGACGUUCUCCCGAUGUCCCAGGCACCUGUGCUGACCGUGGGCUCCUGCCAGCCCACUGGCAUUCUUUCUGCUGUGAGAGAUGAGAUACUUGAGCAUAAUCCUUGAGCUUGCUCAACAGGGUGGAAUUUAUCUCUUAUCAGCCAGUGCUGGGCUUUUUGGAACCUUUUGCUGGUUAUUGCUUCAGAAAGCAUCUUUAUUUUCCUCUCCCUUGCACUUUUCUCUUGUUUUGUUUUUCUAAUUCUCCGUAUUUUGCCCUUGCCCUCCCCGUCCCGCCUGUUUCCACCUCUCCAACUCUCCUUAGAGCUGCUGGUUUUUCCCCAGGCAGCUCUGGGCGGAGGUUCCUUCUCUCCACCCAUCGGGGUGACGGGACGCGGCACAAGAUGCUGCAUCUCCUGGUACCUCAAGGCCCUUCCCGCGCUGCUGCGCUUUGGGGACGAGGAGACCCAAGCUGGGAACGGCAUCGGGGUUUCCGCAGAGCGCUGCCUAAGCCAGGCGUCCUUCUAUUUCUUUAUUUUAACCCCGCUAUAUUUAACAGCUCGAAGCCUUGAGAUCCAGCCAGUGCUUCCUCCGCACGCCGUUCCCACUCGGUGCACUCUUUCCGUGAGUACUUCUUGAUGUUUUUCUCUUGGUGACCCGCUCCUCGCUCCCACGUGGGUUCUCUCAGCUCCGAACCGAGUCUGGUCCUGUCUGUGCCACAUGGAGGGGACACAGCCGCGGGGCUGGUGGCCGGUGGGCGCUGCCGUCCCAACACACGGCUCGGGUUGCGCAUCCCAGCGGGACAAGGGAUGAGAUUUCAGAUGAACGAUCCUGUUCUUCUCACAACGCAGGUUCCCAGCAGCGGGAAGACGCCUGGUCACUGUUUUAGGGAUGGGGUUCGACCCCAUCUGACAAAUCCAGUUUGCACUGAACGUUUUGCCCCUUCCUACCAGGACACUCGUUGCGUUUUAUCCCAAGGAACAGUAUGCAAAGCGUGCGGGAGGCUGAACUCCUCCGCGUGGCACCUCGCAAAGCCAAACCACUUUAGACGAAGUGUCUGCCGAGCACUGGAUUAUCCCCCGAGCCCUGACCAGGGUGCAGAACCCACCGACGGUUUAUUCUCACUGAGUAGCCAAAGCUGUGAGUAUUUCCUGAUGACGACGCGGUCGCGAACCAAAUCCUUGCGAAUGAAUUCGUUUGGUCUCACCCAACGCCGGACACAAGGGGCGCGCUGGGGUGACGGAUAGGACGCCUUGCGCCCGGGACGGAGCGCAAAGCCAGCGGUUUUGAAAACCGAUCCCUAUUUAAACCAGAGCGUUUGCCAGACGUGGUCUCCACUGGAGAACACAAGCUAUUUGGGUUUUUUUAUAGCAAUUGCUUGGGGUGAAUUCAUUUUUAUCGCUUGGGGUGAACCCGCCUAUUGUGGCUGCGAGUUUGAUGAUGGCUCUUUGUAAAUAAAGUCCUUGGAGAAGCAGGACUGGCUUACGAGAUGGGGAGAGAAUGUAUUUUUAUGCAACUUUUGAGUGGCCUUUCAAACCCUGAGAUGAAUGAUUUGUUUUACUGGUUGUUGUUAUAUAUAGUAUUAUAAGUAUUAUGUGUUUGAAAGUUUGGGAAUAAUAUUCACAUCUAUGAUGCUUGUAAACACAACAGUAUUUAUAAAUGAAUAAAAUAAGAGUUGAUAAAAUAGAA